AUGCGCUCGUCUUGGCUCCUCGUUUCUGCCCUAACAGCUCUGGCUGCAGCUGAUGAGGCCGGCACAACAGUCAUCAACUAUUUCGGAGUCGAAAGUGCUAUUAACGGCGUCGCCCUCGGCGGCUACACUAGCACCGCAGCCCGAGUUGUUGCCGUCGGCAAGCACGCCACGACCUACGAGAUCGCCUGCCUGAAAGACGCUUCCGAAUGCGCAUUGCACCAUCCUGCAACUAUUGUCCAGGGCCCUACCACUUACAGCGCCUCUAUCGAAGCAACUGUGUCUACUGGCGGUGCUCAGGCUGUUGCAACCGGCAUUGAGCAAUGCAGUUUCACCCACGCUUCUGAGUCUGCUGUCUGCACGUGGAGUGUCGCAUACACUGCCUCCCAAGGUGAUCUCACCAUUUCCGAUUCCACCUCUAGCACACAAUCCAUCCCUGCGUCUUCGGUUAGCUAUCAUCCCCUUACUGUCACCGAUGGCGUCUACGCUUUGACGGGUAGUGCGACGGCUUCGGCUUCCGGCGUGAAGGUCACUCCUACUGCUUCUACUGGUGCCGCUGCCGGUGCUGCGAAGCCUUUGAUCACUGCUGCGCCGUUGGGUGCUGCUGCUCUUGCGGCUUUUGCGGCCAUGAUCUAG